CUUCGCACCGGUCCACAGUGGCAGGUGGAAUGGUGACGAGCAAGUGCUCGUGUUCUGUCUUUACUUGAGAAAUAAACACUUUAUUCGUAUAACGGCGACAUAUCGGGACGGGAUCGCCUCUGAGAGAUUCGUCACAGACAUUCAAUUCUCGAGGUGUAUAAGAUAAAAUCAUCACCAUGUCGACCUCCGCCAUCUACAUUCUAGACGUGAAGGGAAAGGUGCUGAUAUCGAGAAACUACCGUGGUGACAUUGAAACUGGGGUCAUUGAGAAGUUCAUGCCUCUGGUGAUGGAGAGAGAAGAGGAGUGCAAUCUCACGCCGAUUAUCCAAACCCCUGAGUGCACUUACUCGUAUAUAAAGUACAACAAUCUGUACAUUGUAUCUACGACAAGAAAGAACGCUAACAUCUCACUUGUAUUUGUAUUUCUCCACAAAGUGGUCCAAGUAAUGCAGGAGUAUUUCAAAGAGCUCGAGGAAGAGAGCAUUAGAGACAACUUCGUUGUAAUUUACGAGCUCCUUGACGAGCUUUUGGACUUUGGCUACCCCCAGACGACGGACAGUAAAAUUCUGCAGGAGUACAUAACUCAGGAGGGCCACAAGCUUGAGAUACAGCCGAGAAUACCUAUGGCGGUAACCAACGCCGUAUCUUGGAGGUCCGAAGGCAUUAAGUAUCGCAAAAAUGAGGUUUUCCUCGAUGUCAUAGAGUCGGUAAAUCUCUUAGCUAACGCAAACGGGAAUGUUUUGAGUAGCGAGAUAGUCGGGGCGAUUAAAAUGCGAGUUUACCUAUCUGGGAUGCCUGAACUGCGUCUGGGACUAAACGACAAGGUUUUGUUCGAGUCGACAGGUCGUGGAAAGUCCAAGUCCGUUGAGCUGGAGGAUGUCAAGUUCCAUCAGUGCGUCAGGCUUUCGAGAUUCGAGAACGACAGGACCAUUUCGUUCAUACCUCCCGACGGAGAGUUUGAGUUGAUGUCGUACCGGCUCAAUACCCACGUCAAGCCACUUAUUUGGAUCGAGUCUGUAAUAGAGCGUCACGCUCACAGCCGAGUUGAAUACAUGAUCAAGGCUCGCUCGCAAUUCAAGAGAAGAUCGACUGCCAACAAUGUGGAGAUAGUUAUUCCAGUGCCAAACGAUGCCGAUUCGCCAAAAUUCAAGACUACCAUAGGCAGCGUGAAAUAUUCUCCGGAACAGAGCGCGAUCACGUGGUCUAUCAAAUCAUUCCCUGGUGGAAAGGAGUACCUAAUGAGGGCGCAUUUUGGGCUGCCCUCUGUCGUCGGAGAAGAUGUCGAAGGCAAGCCACCGAUCCAGGUCAAAUUUGAGAUUCCAUACUUCACCACUUCUGGUAUUCAAGUCAGAUAUUUGAAAAUCAUUGAAAAGAGUGGGUACCAGGCUCUACCUUGGGUGAGAUACAUAACACAGAACGGAGACUAUCAAUUGAGAACUAAUUGAUUGCAAACCUGGGAGGUAGAAGCCACAAGUAUUCCACUUGCACUCCUGAUCAAAGGAGGAAAAGUUGGGGACGAAAACUAAUUGUAUAUAAUUCGUAAAGCACUGUUUCUCGCUGAGAUAAUUAGUCGGCUAAUUACCCUCCGAGAAGUUAAAUACAUAUAUAGUAUUAAAGUUGAUCAGAGUGACAAAGAAAAAAACUCUUUAAACUUCUGAUCUACUCUGAGCUUUGCUUUCAAUUCAAGCUACUAAAAGUCAGCGUUGAUAUUGUUGUAUUCCAAACUUAUAGUGAAAAUAAAAUGCCCUAUAUAAAUAUAAUAAUAAUAAUAGUAUUAACAAUGAAACACGGAUGUAAUAAAUUUUUAUCUAAAUAAAUGAGUAGCGACCAGUAAACGUCGACUCGUAUACAUGCAUAAAUUUGCGUUAAUAGAAUAGAAAUUUUUUGCCCCCAAAUAAUCCGUGUCCAAUAAAUCGCCGGUGGCGAGAGUUAUCAAACGAGCCGUAUCUUUUUCACCUCGAAUUAAGAUACCGAGUUUAUGGCACUGUUGUACGUAUGUACGUAGCUGAAAGAUACCAACGUUCGCGCAGAGAGCGUAGCGGCGGUCGCGCGAGCGAAUGAAGAACAAAAAAUGCUAAACAAAGGUAAAAAUGUAGAAUCAUACUGGACCUUUUUUAUCGGCAUUACGAGACUCGCAUCCUACUAAAUGGCCCUGGUAUGGAAAUUUCACCAACGUACAUAAAUGCAUAAUAAUGUUAUUAUAUCGUCGGUGGGAAAAACGCGUGGGUUCGCAUUCUACGCGUGUCCGUACACAAUUACAUAAGUUACAUGUAGGUGAGAAACGUGCAAGAUUAAGGCCGUCAGUUAAGCUUAGCUAAUUACUUUAUAGGAAAUAUAAAUUCAGUCACGUUCUGUAACCCUCCACCCUCCCGAACCGGGAAAACGCAAUUUUCAUAACUCUCGGCUAAAAAUGUGUUUACCCUUAAAAUUUUGUUUUCAUGCAUUAUUGACGUUAUUAUAAAUGUUUGAAGUAAUAUAAUACAAUUUUAUUGUUAUAGCGUAAAAAUAUUGACAGUGAGAUAAAUAUUUUCUCUCUAGAUUUUCUUGGACUAUUACAAAAUAAGUUUGACAUUGAUUUUGAAGUUAAACGACGAAGGAAAAUGAAGAUGAGUUUGAGUCAGUAUUGAGAAAACGAAUAAACGUUCUAAUGUCAAACUUUUCAAAACUUAUUGCUCGCGAUAUUAAAAAAUGUAUUAUAAUACGCUGUUUAAUUUCAAGUUAGAAAUAUAUCUUCAUCGAAUUGUUUUGCGACUAAUUGGUUCGGUUCCCCGAAGGACUCCAAUGGGAGAAGUGCCGUACUUGAAAGUAUCAGCUAUUAUAUGAGAAAAAGUUACCGGCGUUUAAAAUGAAUGUAAAAGUUCUUCGGCUGCCUCUGUAAUAUCAAUAAAAGCAGAAGAUUAAGCAGUA